UUCUCAUUAGAAAACGUCGUCGUACCCUCGUCGACGUUCUCGUCUCUAAUGGGGGAGCAAAGGCCAAGGUUAAGCGGUGCUUCCUCCUCCGCCGACUCAUUUUCAAUCCCUUCGCCGUCACCUUCACCGUCCCCAUCUCCAUCUCCGGCGCCACGUCAGCACAACACGUUACUCGAACCAUCUCACCAAAACAAGAGAAAAAGCAAGAAAGUCUUUCGAGUCUUCCGUUCCGUUUUCCGUUCAUUCCCCAUCAUCACACCGGCGGCUUGCAAAAUACCGGUACUCCCGGGCGGUAGCUUACCCGACCCGCACAGAAGCGGGUCCAACGGUUCAAAAGUUACCGGGACAUUAUUUGGAUACCGUAAAGGACGUGUAAGCCUCUCUAUUCAAGAAAGCCCUAGAUGUUUACCAUCUCUCGUCGUGGAGCUAGCUAUGCAAACAAUGGUGCUACAAAAAGAACUUAGCGGAGGGAUGGUUAGGAUCGCUUUAGAGACGGAGAAAAGAGCUGACAAGGAGAAGAUCAAGAUCAUGGACGAGCCGUUAUGGACAAUGUUUUGUAACGGUAAGAAAACGGGGUACGGUGUGAAACGUGACGCGACGGAGGAAGAUCUCAACGUUAUGGAGUUGUUAAGACCGGUCUCGAUGGGUGCAGGGGUUUUGCCAGGGAACUCUGAGGCUGAAGGACCUGACUCGGAGAUGGCUUACAUGAGGGCUUACUUCGAACGAGUCGUUGGGUCUAAAGAUUCAGAGACGUUUUAUAUGUUGAGUCCCGAAGGGAAUAAUGGACCCGAACUUAGUAUUUUCUUCGUAAGAGUAUGAUUUCUUGAUGUAAUAAUGCGUUUCUUGAUCGAUCCCGGUUUGUGGAUUGAUAUAUGUGAUUAUAUGAUCAUGAUGAUAUUUGUGUAUAUUGCAUGCAUGGGUCGUUUUGGUGGUGAGGUAUAUGAGGAUGGAUUUGGAGGCUAUAUUAUUCUUUAGGAUGAUUUAUAAGAA